AUGCGCCCGCCUCGAGGCUUCGGCAAGGGCGGCAAGGGCGGCGGCAAGGGCCGCGGCGCCGGGCGCGGCGGCGGCGGCCGCGGCUUCGGCAACCGGGCGCCCGAGGGCCCGCCGGAGCGCGUCGAGGCCGUCGGGUCCGUCAUGCACUCCUGCGAGGGCGACAUCGUCUGCAAGCUCACGCACACCAUGGUGCCCUACUUCAACGCGUCGAUCUUCGUCGACAAGGACACGCGCGUCGGCAAGGUCGACGAGAUCUUCGGCCCCAUCAACGAGGUCAUGUUCACCGUCAAGCCCGAGGCCGGCGCGACGGCGGCGUCCUUCAAGGAGGGCGACACCUUCUGCAUCGACCCCAUGAAGCUCCUGCCGCUGAGCCGGUUCACGAGCCCCGGCGGCGGCGGCGGCGGCGGCGGCAAGGGCAAGGGCAAGGGCGGCAAGGGCAAGGGCGGCCGCGGCAAGGGCGGGUCCAAGGGCGGCAAGGGCAAGGGCAAGGGCUUCGGCCGCGGCGGCGGCAAGGGCCGCGGCCGGGGACGGGGCUAG